GGGGAUCCGGAGAGCCCUCCCUCAGCAGCUGAUCUCAGACAGAGGGGGUGUGCCAGGCAUCUGUGCCGGGCUCUGCCUGCAGCUUCACCGGGACAGUCACACAUGCAGGAGCCCGGAGGGGCCACGAUGUGGCCCCUGUACAUGGAGUCAUGGCACCCAGAGUGAGCCCCCGAAGGGCAAGGAGAUACCUCUUCCUAUGCACCCUUUGCCUGUCCUGCACCCUCCUCUGCUACAACCUGGUCCUCCGGGGACACUCCAGCAUGCACAGCCGGGGCUACCAGCAACUCAGCUGUCCACCUUACCCUCCUAUACUGGGGGGCAAGAAACUCCUGCAGAAGAUGCCCCUCUGCCAACCCUCCGGAGCUACUGCAACCUCACUCAGCACUGACAUACCUUACACUGAGUGGACUGGCAGGAAUCACACGGAACCUUCACAGAUAACAAGCACCCCUCCAAAACCCAGCGAGCUCCAUACUCCCCCCCCUGGCAACAGCACCACUGCCCUCCGGUACGGGCACAAGAGACUUCCACAAGCAAUCAUCGUGGGGGUUAAAAAAGGAGGCACCAGGGCAGUACUGGAAUUCAUUAGGGUGCACCCAGAGGUGCGAGCUAUGGGCACCGAACCCCACUUCUUUGAUAGGAACUACGAGAGGGGACUGGACUGGUACAGAAAUUUGAUGCCUCGAUCCGUGGACAGACAGAUCACUGUGGAGAAGACCCCCAGCUAUUUUGUGACAAGGGAGGCUCCCCGCAGAAUCUCACAUAUGUCGCCUCGGGUCAAGCUGAUAGUGGUGGUUCGCAACCCUGUGACCCGUGCAAUCUCAGACUAUACGCAGACGCUUUCCAAGAAACCGGACAUCCCAAGCUUCAGUGAGCUAGCCUUCCACAACAGGACGACUGGGGAUGUGGAUACUUCCUGGAAUGCCAUUCGGAUUGGACUUUACGCUCUGCAUCUGCAGCCCUGGCUUAACCAUUUCCCAAUUUCCCAAAUGCACUUUGUAAGUGGAGAGCGACUGAUCACAGAUCCAGCAGGAGAAAUGGCUAGAGUACAAGACUUCCUUGGCCUCAAACGUCUGGUCACAGACAAGCACUUCUACUUCAACAAGACCAAGGGUUUCCCCUGCCUCAAGAAACCAGGAGGUGGGGGAGCACCACGCUGCUUAGGCAAAUCUAAGGGUCGGACACAUGUGCAGAUCAACACUGAGGAUAUAGAACAGUUAAGAGAGUUCUACAGACCCCAUAACAUCAAAUUCUAUGAGACAGUGGGCCAGGACUUCCACUGGGAGUAGUCUCACGAACGAACCAGAUAAGCUGGUAGAAAGUGGGAGAUAGAUGCAUGAAAGAACAAAGGGAUUAAAAGCUAAAGUUACACAAAGCAAACCAAACUUU